AUGAUGACACAGUUUGAAAAAGAGGCAAAGACCUGCGAGAGUUUAGGAAAAGUGCGAGAGGUUACGAGACUUGGAGAGGAAUUCAGGAUUCCUACCCAUCUCACCAUGGAUCCAGGAGGAGAUGACCAUGCAGGACCAUCGUCCAGUUGGUCACGCGACUCUCAGCAUGUGACCUCCGUGAGCAGUGGGUCGUUCACGCCCAGCGUUCAUGGUCUGGUGUCCCAGCAGCAAGAGCUGCCAGGAUUUUCUCAUGCACAGUUUGAUGGGCAGCAAUUUCAGCUAACAGAUGGGAGUAACCUUCCCUAUCGCAUCACACUGCCCACGGGUCAGUCAGCUGUGUUCCAGUUGCCACAUACGACAUUUGACCGCUUGGCGCCCUCUACAGAGUACCAAGAGGCGACAUCUGGUGGUGGUGACAUCAUGCAUGCCUACCAGGAGGGACAUGUCAUCCCGCUGCAGGUGCUGGACCCAAACAUUCACAGGACAUUGCAGGCCAGCUAUACAAACCUUCAGCUGCUCCAGCCAGUGUCAUCCUCUGUACCAAGAGUCAUGACCCCCAGCAGGAGCCAAUCAGAACUGAGCUCUAAUGUGACCUCCACCCUUUCCAGGAACCAAUCAGAUCUUGGCUUGGCCAGGGAGGCAGACACAGUGCAAUCUCACCUUAUGCCUGUGGACUCUGUCUCGUCAGGAGCAAUGGCAAUGUUAAACCCGACCCUGACCACAGCCUCGUCCCAUCCCACUCUGCAUUCCUUGAUGACACAGGGGGAGGCCACGGCUUCUUUCUCUGCUCAUCAUCAGAGAACAGGAGGACAUAGCUCUAUGAUCAGCAAUCACAGCGAGGCUGGUGCCACCUAUGGAGGUCACAUGGAAGCGGGGCCUUCCUACAGCAGCCAUGUUGAAGCAGGGACGUCAGAGGCUUCACCUUUGGUGGUCCAUGGUAAUGCAGACCAAGAAGUGGAUCAGACAGUCAGCUCCCUGAACCUGGUGCUAGGCAAUGAGGCUGCUGCCCAGCAACCACCAGUUAGGGCUCCAAUGUUAGAGAGACUGGAGAGUUACCAAAAUGAGCCAGACACCACCCAAGGAGACAGCCCUACAUGUAUUAACCAGGAAGAUGAUUUUGACGACUCUGAAGUGAACAACCUGGCUGGUUUGGACUCAUCCAUGCCAGUCAGUUCAGGGCAGCAUCACAUGUUGGAGCAGGCCUCAGUGGGAGAGGACUCUGUAGAUGUGGAGACCACUGGCAAUAUUGACACCACAGGGAUAGAUGACUCAACCACAAAUGAAGGUGUUGAUAGUUCUUUUAUGAAUGGAGAUCUGAAUGUGGAUGACGACAGCAAUAUUGACCAAGCCACAGCAAGUUGGUCUAGGCCAACCAGAAAAUCCUCCCGCUUACUGAGUAUUGAGAAGGAUACAGGUCCACCUGUCAGACCACAGUAUGUCUCAAAGCCUUACAACACCAGCGAAUUGUGGUGUGAGGAGUGCCAGCAGAGCUAUGAGAGUGAGUGUACAGCACAUAGACUGCUCCCUGUCUAUGACAAGGUAGUGCUGUCCAGGGCAUGGUCCAGUCUACCUGGAAUGCUGCAGAUCUUCAGAAUAGCUGAUGACCCAAAUGCCAUAGGUGUAUUUGCCAAAAAGAUGGUACCAAAGAGAACCCAGUUUGGUCCAUUUGUAGGAGAGCUUGUCCCAGACAUGGACAGUGUCACCAAUAAGGAAUUUCCUCUACAGCAUAUUCAUGAAGUAAAUAACUAUGAUUUUGACGACUCUGAAGUGAACAACCUGGCUGGUUUGGACUCAUCCAUGCCAGUCAGUUCAGGGCAGCAUCACAUGUUGGAGCAGGCCUCAGUGGGAGAGGACUCUGUAGAUGUGGAGACCACUGGCAAUAUUGACACCACAGGGAUAGAUGACUCAACCACAAAUGAAGGUGUUGAUAGUUCUUUUAUGAAUGGAGAUCUGAAUGUGGAUGACGACAGCAAUAUUGACCAAGCCACAGCAAGUUGGUCUAGGCCAACCAGAAAAUCCUCCCGCUUACUGAGUAUUGAGAAGGAUACAGGUCCACCUGUCAGACCACAGUAUGUCUCAAAGCCUUACAACACCAGCGAAUUGUGGUGUGAGGAGUGCCAGCAGAGCUAUGAGAGUGAGUGUACAGCACAUAGACUGCUCCCUGUCUAUGACAAGGUAGUGCUGUCCAGGGCAUGGUCCAGUCUACCUGGAAUGCUGCAGAUCUUCAGAAUAGCUGAUGACCCAAAUGCCAUAGGUGUAUUUGCCAAAAAGAUGGUACCAAAGAGAACCCAGUUUGGUCCAUUUGUAGGAGAGCUUGUCCCAGACAUGGACAGUGUCACCAAUAAGGAAUUUCCUCUACAGCUUAUCAAAGCAGACAGCCAGGAGAUGUACUUCAACACGUCAGAUGAGAACAAGUGUAACUGGAUGAUGUUUGUGAGAGCGGCUCAGAACUUCAAGGAGCAGAACUGUGUGGUUUACCAGCAUGGGGAGGACAUCUUCUUCAGUGUCACCAGAGAGAUUGAACCCAGGGAGGAACUGAAGGUGUGGUAUGCUGCCCACUAUGCUGAGAAGCUUGGCAAGCCAGUGUUUAAGGCUGACCUGGAAGAUCAGCUCAACCUCGAAGGCAUGGACAACCAAUGGCCCUGUUUUGAAUGCAACAAGCGUUUCAAGACCUCUGCUAUGCUGCAGCGCCACCUGUUGACUCACGAGAGUGCUGAAUUUGAUGAUGGGGAGGACGCCAAGUCUUCUAAGAGGAAAAGUGUUCCUCAAAAACCUGGCACACCUAGAAAAAGAGGGAGACCACCCAAGAAACAAGAUGAUAUUAAAGCGGAGACAUCUUGGGGAGAAGGGGGAGGCGCUGGCACCUCAGGUAUCUCUGAGGGCGCUAAUGGUUCCACCUUUCAGUCCUGGAAGAAGAUGAAGAAAACCAUGUAUCUCAACAAGUUAAAGCAGAGUCGUUACAGCUCUGCCAUCAAGCGUUCCAUCAAGUCUCUGUACAAGAAGCAGAACAAUGCAGGCACGGGCUGGGUGUGCACGCACUGUGACCUGACGUUUGACGAUGCUACCCUCCUCAACCUGCACACUCUGACACAUGCUGCGGAGGACGUGGGACUCGGGGAGGUGGGAGAGGGCACCUCAGAUUUGCCACAGGCAACUGAGCAGAAGUUUGACUCUGCCUCUGCCACCAUCCCCUGGACCAGUCUGAAGUGUCCUGUUUGUGAUCUGGAAUUUACCAAUAAACAAGAACUGAUCCAACAUGCAGGUACACAUGCCAGAUCUCGCCGUGCACGCCUCAUCAACCCCCUGAAGCCAUACAAGUGUACGCAGUGCUGGAAAGCAUUUAGUAAUGAGGACCGCUUGGAGAAGCACAUGCUUUGUCACGGCAGUGAGGACAGCAAGCCAUUGCCGUGCUCUGUAUGCUACAAACGCUUCAUGAAUAACUCAGCACUGGCAUGCCACAUGAAGACCCAUAGUGAGAAGAAAUACUAUGAGUGUCCCGUGUGUCACAUGGGUUUUGAUAUGGUACAGGUGAUGCGAGAGCACUCUGCUGUGCAUUGUUUCAAUGGCGUCUACCCUUGUCCAAUUUGUUCGAAAACAUUUGAAGACUUCAAUGAUAUACGAAAGCACAUGCGUUUCUUUCACCCUGAGAAGCAGUUUCCUUGUGACCAGUGUGGGAAGGUGUUCCCUCGACCUGACAAACUCAAGCUGCACAUGUUGCGUCAUUCAGAACACCGUGAGUUCAUGUGUGAAACCUGCGGCAGGCAGUUCAAACGUAAGGACAAACUGAAGGAGCAUGUGAAGCGCAUGCACACUGCUGAACGCGAGGCAUCCAUGCAGUUGAACAGCACUCCUAAUUUGUCAAACAUUAAAAAGAAGUUCACACCGAAAGUGUCCCCCAGUGAAUAUCACCGCUUUAUCUACAAGUGCCAUAGUUGUCUGAUGGGGUUCAAGAGGCGGGGCAUGCUUGUUAAUCAUCUGGCCAAGCGUCACCCGGAUGUUAAGCCUGAGUCAGUGCCAGAGCUGAACUUACCUAUUCUGAAGACACAGAGAGACUAUUACUGUCAGUACUGUGACAAGGUGUACAAGUCCAGCUCUAAGCGUAAGGCCCACAUCAUGAAGAACCAUCCAGGUGCCCAGUUGCCAGCCAGUGGACGCAUUAAACAGAUCUUUGAGGUGGAGCAGGUGCUGCAGAACUUCCCUGACCCCACGUUCUCCCAGACUGUGGGCAGUGUGACAGCCAUGCCUCAUCCCUGUGAACACUGCCACAAACAAUAUGCCAGCAAAGCCAAGUUGCUGCAGCAUCAGCGUAAGAAGCACCCACGGCUGGCACCACCAAUGAUUGUCCGGAGGUCGAUGGAAAACAAGCAGCAGCUAGACACUCUGAUGUUACAACAGCCAGAAACUGACCAGCAGGGUGGUCAGCCCAUGGAGAAUAGCCAGGCUGCAGACUUGCUAACCCAGGCAAUGAGUGAGCUAACCCAGUCUCUGACUGAGUACAGACCACAGCCAGGUGGCACAGUGGAGUACCAGUUAACCCCACGACUCACCCCACACCCAGGACAACACACUUCAACCAUAGACAUCAGUCACCUUGGACAAAUCACACACCUUCACUAUACUCCACAGGGACAGGUUCAAAUAAACACAGGGAGUGGCAGCCCUCAGCAAAUUCAAGUAGCUGUCUCAAAUCCUCAAGGAAUCCAAGUGGGCAGUCCUCAGCCAAUCCAUGUAGCUGUACCACAAUCACAAGGCCUGACCCAGCCAAUUCAGGUGGCUGUACCAAACACCCAGGGCCUCCCUCAGCCAAUCCAGGUGGCAGUACCAAACUCCCAAGGCCUCCCUCAGUCCAUCCAGGUGGCAGUUUCAAACACACAGGGUGGUAUUCCUGUCACUUAUAUACCAAGCACAUGGACGCAGGCUGGAAAUUUUGCUAACUAUCGCUGAUUUUUUUCUAUAUGAAUAUCUAAAAAUUUAAGAACACUCUUUAUUUUCUGAUAGUCUUGAGUAUCUUGAUCAUAAUCAUCUAGUGGAGUCCAAACCCUGCAGACUUUUCCAUUUGUAAAUAACAGCCUACUUGAAAGUAAACUAUUGUGAACAUAUUGUUGUAUGUGUUUGCACUCAGUUAUUGGAGCUAGAAGAAAGUGAACAUUGGACCAAUAGUCAGUAAUUUUUUUAAAAAGUUUUUGUUUGUAUAGCCAGCUUGGCAAAUGCCAAGGUCAUUAUCGUGCACAGCGUAAGUGAGCAAUGGACUGUUAGAAUGGCAGCAAAAUGUUUUUGGUACUAGAAUGACCUGAUUUUUUUUAUUUAUUUCAUAUUGUGUAUCAGUGAAAUCAUAAUCAUGUUGAAAAGUUAAAAAGAUACAUCACUGCGUUUGUUCUUUCUGUGUGAAACACUAGUGACUUAGUAGCAGGGGAGGUGGGAGGUAAUGAGAAUAUAGGUGUUGAAUGUACAAGUUUGUUCUACAUAAUAGGAAGUUUUCACUGGUGAAUGGAUGCCCUAGGUUUGAUUGAUAUAUAUCACUUUUAGUGUUUCAUGCAAAAAAAGCAGAAUAAGGAGCAGCUAAUAUUUGCAGGAAAAGCGGGUCAGCAAUAAUGACAGACUAGCAAGUGUUGUGUUUAAAAAAAUCACAGCUGACAGAAUUUGGCCACAAAUAUUUAUUUGGUUGUCUUCUCUUAAGCUAUGUGGCAACACAGAAUGUUGCACGCCACUGAAAAAUUAUCAUGUUUUGGGUAUUGAUUAUGUUUUCUAAUUUCAAGAAGAUUUUUAAAAAUUAUUACUUUAAAAUUCUUGAUAAUAUUUUCUACUCUUGUAACAUAUUAUGCAGUGUUGAAUGCAUUGUACACUUUCUGUACUCCAUAAUCAAGUUAAUACAUGGUAAACUGAUCUCUGGCAUUGCAUUAUUAAAUUUCAGUAGUGUAAGAUAGUAAUUUUCUAUACUUAUUAAAGCCAAGACAAAGUAGUUUUGUACAAUGCUUAUCCAGAAUAAAAGUGAGAGCAUAGCUGCAUGCUUGUUACGUUUGUAAUGUAGAAGGAAUUGUUUGGUAAUGUAUGAUUGGGGGUUAUAUCUGUUACCAGCCAGUCUAGGGCAUUAAUUAUAAUACAUAAUAUGGUUACAGUAAGUGAUAAUAAAUCAUGCAUUGAUUUAUUUGAAUGUGUAAUAAAUCUAAAUGUUAUGUGA